ACCUGUAGGGUCGGAUCCGGAUUGAGGAGCGACUGAGAGGAGCAUUUUGGGAGUUAGGUAUAAGAUCCCAAGAGCGAAGAGUUACCUACACAUCUAGCAGCUCCAAGGCAACAGCACAUACUUCAUAUUAUUCUGGAAAUUCAGGAAUUUUGCAGUUCAGAAGAUCCUGCAGCUCAAGACACCAUCCCAAACCUGUGUCUACAUCGUCCAGGUGGUGACUGUUGUCUGUCUGUCCCCUGCUCAUCCCAAGCACCCCAGCUAUGCACCUUCUGGCCCUGCCUCAGGAGGACGUCCUCUUCCCCCAUGUCCUCAGCUGUCUGUCCGUGCAGAGCCUGUUCCUGCUGCGGGGGACGUGCCGCGACCUCAGGGACGCCGUGGACCGCUACCUGGGCCGACUGAGGGUCCUGGACCUGGCCGGCAACAACUGCAUCACCCGGGAGGCCAUCCAGGUGCUGUCUGACCACGCCGGCGGCCUGGCGGAGCUGGACCUGUCCCAGUGUAAAUGGACAGAAGAUUCCACCGUCCGACCAGUCAUCGCCGCCAGCCCGCGCAUGCGCCGUGUGAGCCUGGCCGGCUGCCAGAGUCUGGGAAACCCCGUCAUACAGACACUGGCAGUCACAUGUAAGGGUCUGACUGAGCUGGCGCUGCGCGACUGCUGCUGGCUCUCGCCGUCCGCUCUCCAGGUACUGAAUCUCCACCUCCGGCACCUGGUCCGACUGGACCUGGCCGGCUGCUGGGGAGUCAACGACGCCACGCUGGCCGAGCUGUUCUCGGAACAACCCAAUCUGGAGGAGGUGGACAUAUCCCGUAUAUACGCCACUACGGACCGGACCGUGGCCAUACUCUCCUGUCAGUGUCCGCGUGUCCGGCGGCUGGGACUGCGCGGCUGCUGGAGGAUCACCGACCACGCCAUCACAUACGUGGCUGAAUACCUGCGCCAGCUGACCCACCUGGAGGUCAUUGACUGCCGUGACGUCACGGAGCGCACACUGCGUGCUCUGCGCGCGCGCUGUUCAGUGGACCGGCCGGAGCCGCGGGCACACCCCUGGGAGAUGGAUUACCCCCUGUACCAGAUAUGACAAGGCCGCCUCAUAUCUGUACCCUCGCAGAUGGAGUAUUCCCUGUGCCAGAUAUGAGUAGGCCGCCUCAUAUCCAUACCCUCAUGGAUGGAGUAGAUUCCCUGUACCAGAUAUGAGUAGGCCGCCUCAUAUCCAUACCCUCAUAGAUGGAUUACCCCCUGUACCAGAUAUGAGUAGGCCGCCUCAUAUCCAUACCCUCAUAGAUGGAGUAUUCUCUGUACCAGAUAUGAGAAGGCCGCCUCAUAUCCAUACCCUCAUAGAUCGAGUAUUCCCUGUACCAGAUAUGAGAAGGCCGCCUCAUAUCCAUACCCUCAUAGAUGGAGUAUUCCCUGUACCAGAUAUGAGAAGGCCGCCUCAUAUCCAUACCCCCAUAGAUGGAGUAUCCCCUGUACCAGAUAUGAGAAGGCCGCCUCAUAUCCAUACCCUCAUAGAUGGAGUAUUCCCUGUACCAGAUAUGAGAAGGCCGCCUCAUAUCCAUACCCUCAUAGAUGGAGUAUCCCCUGUACCAGAUAUGAGUAGGCCGCCUCAUAUCCAUACCCUCAUAGAUGGAUUACCCCCUGUACCAGAUAUGAGUUGGCCGCCUCAUAUCCAUACCCUCAUAGAUGGAGUAUCCCCUGUACCGGAUAUGAGAAGGCCGCCUCAUAUCCUUACCCCCAUAGAUGGAGUAUUCCCUGUACCAGAUAUGAGUAGGCCGCCUCAUAUCCAUACCCUCAUAGAUGGAUUACCCCCUGUACCAGAUAUGAGUUGGCCGCCUCAUAUCCAUACCCUCAUAGAUGGAGUAUUCUCUGUACCAGAUAUGAGUAGGCCGCCUCAUAUCCAUACCCUCAUAGAUGGAAUAUUCCCUGUACCAGAUAUGAGUAGGCCGCCUCAUAUCCAUACCCUCAUAGAUGGAGUAUGCCCUGUACCAGAUAUGAGGAUUCGUUAAAGAGUUGCUACAGCUGACUGGAUCGGGAUCACCCGCCAUACCGGGUUUGAAAGGCGCUGUAUUAUCAUGGCGUCCUAGAGUGAUCACUGUUAGUGAUGCAACGCCAUAAGGUGGCUCCGUAUAGUUGGAUUGUGACGUCAUAAAUUGAAUCUACAUAGUUGGAGUUGUGACGUCAUAUAUUGAAUUCUGGUAGUGAGACUAGUGGCGUCUCAUUAUCCAGCGUUGGUGGUUCGUACUAGUGACGUCAUGAAGUUGCCGGUGAUAGACUAUUUGACGUCAUACACGACGCCGCAAAGUGGCGAAAUGUUGACGUCGUGAAGUGGCUUCCUGUGAUGAUCGCUGGCAGACUAUUUUAUCACAUUUUUGACGCUGAAGUUGUGAUAGGGAACUACGGUUUGAUACCCUGUGACGUCACACGGUGUGAAUCUGUGUCCUGUGACGUCAUAGGUGCGUCUUUAGCCGGUGGGGUGGCCUGUUGUGUGUAGGUGUUGAUUCUACGGUGAACUGAUCUUACCGUGCAAUUGUUGGAGGACAUAAACGUAUUCAGGGACUGAAUAUAGGUACUUAUGCACCUAAUUCUUGUAGGUUACUAUUCAACAAUUGAAUAUUUAAUGUCAAUGCAUAUAUUGUUUUAUGUUUCGCUUAUUCAUACAUUGAAUUUGCAUCUUUAUGCCUAUCGCUGAAUGAUGUGCGUGAUAUGUUUUGGAUUUUCAAGUGUAAACGAAUUAUGUGCAAUCAACGUUCAGUCAUUGAAUGCACACUUAUAUUGUACAUUUUUGCAUUACAAUGUAUUCAAUACUAAUUGAAUGUGCAUGCAUGCUUUGAUUUGUGUUGGUGUUGAAUCAUGACCAGUUAAUGUCUUGGUCAAAAUAUUUGAUGUGUUGUCUA